AUGGACGUGGACCACAGCUACACCCAGUUGUUCCUCUGCAAAACCGCGCCUCUUCUCUCUUCCACCAGAAAAUGGCGUCAUUUCUGGCAAUCCAUCGUCCCACAAGUUGCCUGGGCGAACCCAUCCGUCCAUCAUGCAAUGAUAGCGGUCGCGGCGACUUUUGACUCUUAUAUUUCGGGGAUUGAUCACACCGUCCUGAUACUGGAGCGGAGAUCCCAAGCUGUUCGUGCAUUUACAACCCAGCCUCCUUCAUGGGAUGUCGCGUUGAUCGUCUGCCGACUGUUCUCCGCAAUGGCUCAGUGCAACGAGGAUUUCACGGCCGCCAUGGCGCACAUGAAGAGCGGGGAGAAUAUUCUCAGAGAAGCGACCCGAAAUGAACAUACAGGGUCCGAAAUUGUUCGGCUAAUGGCUGCGACCUUUUUUGGUCUAUCAGCCGACACAAACAAUGAUAUUAGUGUUAUGGAUCGAUUCCCUCCGAGCAAGCGCCGAGCCUGUCUUGAGCUGAAGGUUAUAGGCGCUGACUAUGCAAGGCUCAUACGCCGAAUAGCGCAAUUGCGCCUUCAAGACGUCGACACGCCGACGAUGGGGUUCCUCUCAGUUGCCUUUACCACGAUGAACCAAGCCAUCAGCUCUGCCAUGUACCCAGACCUCCUGGUAUUUUCUGAAGACGACGGGGUCGUGCCUGCGGCCGAGGUCCGCACCAAGCUGGUACGGGAAGAUUCUUUGGUGACCAUGGACGAGCUAAUCAUCAUGUAUCCUUGUCUAUGCUAUGAGCUAGAACACUACCUGGAUGGCAUAGCCACGGGCACGGGCAUUCCAAUGGCGUCAUCUCUCAAUGAUCUCAAGAAGCGACUCAGAGUCCUCGUGGACAAUUACGUCGUGCAGGCGUCAGAGAUCGAGCCGCGCAUGACGGCCGGCACAUUUUGGCUCGACGACUGGGGGGUCCCGGGGUGCUUGAUGCACAGGCACCUCGACCGACCGCAGACAGGCGUUAGUCCGUGUCUGGGGCAAGAGGGGGUGGGCGCCGGUCCUGAGGAUCAAGACCCCGUCCUGCGUGAGAGGAGAGAGUACUACCACGAACACGUCUGUCAGUAUCGGAGUGGUUUCAUGUGUUGA